GUACCACCACUGCAAUGUCGACAGCAGCAGAUACCGCUGCCCAACUCAUUUAUGCCCCAAAUGUCGUGCACAACCAGGUGUUAACUUCCGUAAAGUUCAUCUCCUCUUGUUUUGCUGGUGCCGUAGCAGGGAUACUUGGUCUUGAGAACUGGCUUGGUUUCGCGUUGUUCAUCACGUCAACUCUCUUCACUUCAUUUGUCAUAUAUGCUGUAAAUUGUAAAGGAAGACCCGCAAAGUACAUUUCUGGUGGUAUGGGGGAGCUCAUUAAUCCAGGCCAGGAUAACGUAUUCACUUUCAUUCUCGUUUGGACACUGUUUUUUGGCAUUGUACAUGUGUACGACUGAACUUCAUCCUGGUCAGCAGACCUCAACGUGUACAACUGCGAGUGGAUCACGGCACAGUCAAGGCCAUUUAUUUUCUCCGUUUAUGCCUUCUACUUCCCGGGUCAUGUCGGUCGUCUAUCUCUCACAGAGCACUGGUUCAACUAAAGCUUAUUCACCCGCCCAUCUACGUAGAGUUCUAUAUUUUUGAUAUAAUUAUAUGUUUUCUGAUUCAAGUAAAUGCGUCAGGAAUGAGAUAUCUUUUUGAAUCCUUUA